UCAGGUGCUUUCCCUUAAAAAAAGUUAUGACUUAAAAAAUCGCAUUUGUGAGGAAUUUCUAAAUAUUGUAAAAAAAGAGGAUCAUCGACAUGAAUGUAUUGCCAACGUCUGUGAUAAGUUUUACAGUAUUUAAGAGUUAAAUUAGUUAUUAGCAUGGCUCUAUUAGGAGCGCAAUUGGUUAUUACAUUGAUAAUGGUCAGUGUAAUACAAAAAUUAGGUUCUCAUAUAUCAAUAGCAAAAUGGCUUUUAUGCUCAACUGGAUUAACGCGAUAUCUUUAUCCAACGGACCAAAAAUUAAAAACAUUAGUGGGUAUACCCAAGGAGAAGCACAGGAAGGGGAAGCACAUAGAAAAUGGAAAAACCCUGGAAACAUUUCAAAUACCAAGAAAUUUAGAUAUUACACUGGAGACUGCACCCGUAACGUCGCUCGAUGUUAUACAUUUAAAAUUCUAUGCAGAUUUUCAGUGGUUAUUUGAUUUCUCCAUUUAUGGCGCGAUUGUAUAUAUUAUGACCGAGGUGUAUAAUAAUUGGUAUCCAAUUAAAGAUGAAAUUAACUUGAGUAUGCUGUGGUGUUGUUUGAUUAUAGGAUUUGCAUUUAAAAUUUUAAUUGCCCUUUGGGUACAAUAUUUCAAAAGUGAAGAAAGUAUCGGAGAAAGAUCAACUUGUAUUGUAACAGGUUUUUCUUACCUUUUAAUAGCUAUGAUGGUUCUUAUAGUAGAUGAGAAUACUCUUGAAUUGGGUUUAGAUACCGCUUACACGAGCUUUAAUCACACCGCUUCUGUAUUUCUGAUUAAUCAGGGCCUUCUAUCUAGUGGACCAGCAUCAAAAAUUUUUAUUAAAUUCACUCUAGCUGUAUUCUGUGGUUUUCUUGGCUCGCUAUUCACAUUUCCAGGACUGCGUGUAUCUAAAAUGCACUGGGAUACAUUAAGGUAUCACAAGGAUAAUAAACUUCUUUUGAUUCUUGCUAAUCUUAGUUACGUUUUUCCUCUAAUACUAGUAAGUUUGUGGAUUAAGCCAAUAAGUCGGGAUUACCUUACUGUAAGAAUUUUUUCUGGCAUGACAAAACCUCUAAUGACAGCCAGUGUUUUCGAAAGUUUGAGAUUAAUAGUCAUUAUUAUUGCUGUUGUUUUAAAGAUAAUAUUAAUGCCCGUUUAUUUACAAUCUUAUUUAAAUUUGGCACAUCAAAGGUUAGAAAUACAAAAGAAGGAAGCAGGUAGAAUUUCAAAUAUAGAAUUUCAAAAGAAAAUAGCAGCAGUAUUUUAUUAUCUUUGCGUUGUAGCCUUACAAUAUAUCGCUCCAUUAAUUAUUUGCUUAUAUUGUACAUUAAUGUACAAGACUUUAGGAGGUUAUAGCUGGGAGGGAAUAUAUAAAAAUUUAGAAUUAGAAGAAUGUCAAGUACCACAACCGUUUUCAGGAUCAAAAAUGUUUACCGAUGAUGAUAAAACAGUAACAGAAAGAGCUCAAGAAUUUCAGUUGGCGUUAAGUUCAAUGAAGCAGAUAUUUACCAUUGAAGUAUAUAGAGGGAUAUUUGGCUUGGCAACAUGGUGGACUUGUUUUACAUUAUUUGCCACUACAGCAAUGGGAAUGCUUUAUCAAAGUUAUUUCAACAAUGUAUAAUUUAUUUAUGAGCUUGUAAAAUUAGUUUUGAAUAUUUGUACAAAGUUUUGAUAGU